CUCUCUGCUCAGUCACCUGAUUUAGGAUCAAAGAUAAAACUGGUUUCUGUUGAGGAAGUGAAACUCACUCAGUCACUGUUCCUGAGAGAAAACAUGGAGAAGAAAGGAGAUCAGCUGGACCGAGAAAAUUUCUGCUGUUCCAUCUGUUUGGAUCUCCUGAAGGAUCCAGUAGCUAUUCCCUGUGGACACAGCUUCUGCAUGAACUGUAUUGAAGCUCACUGGGAUGGAGAGGAUCAGAGAGGAAUCCACAGCUGUCCACAGUGUCGUGAGACCUUCACACAGAGGCCUGUUUUAAAGAAAAACUUCAUGUUAGCAGCUUUAGUGGAUCAGCUGAAGAAGACUGGACUCCAAGCGGCUCAUGCUGACCACUGCUAUGCUGGACCUGAAGAUGUGGCCUGUGAUUUCUGCUCUGGAAGAAAACGGAAAGCCACCAAGUCCUGUUUGUUCUGUCUGGCCUCUUACUGUGAGAAACACCUUCAGCCUCAUUAUGAUUCAACUCCAUUAAAGAGACACAAGCUGGUGGAGCCCUUCAAGAACCUCCAGGAGAACAUCUGCUCUCUUCAUGAUGAGGUGAUGAAGAUGUUCUGUCGUACUGAUCAGAAGUAUAUCUGUUAUCUCUGCUCUGUGGAGGAACAUAAAGGCCACGACACAGUCUCAGCUGUCUCAGCGACCGAGUGGCAGAGAGAGCUGGAGGUGAGACGAGAAGAAAUCCAGCAGGGAAUCCAGGACAGAGAGAAAGAUGUGAAGCUGCUUCAACAGGAGGUGGAGGCCAUCAAUCACUCUGCUGAUAAAACAGUGGAGGACAGUGAGGAGAUGUUCACUCAGCUGAUCCGUCUGAUCCACAAAAGAAGCUCUGAUGUGAAGCAGCAGAUCAGAUCCCAGCAGGAAACUGAAGUGAGUCGGGUCAAAGAGCUUCAGGAGAAGCUGGAGCAGGAGAUCACCGAGCUGAAGAGGAAAGAUGCUGAGCUGAAGCAGCUCUCAAACACAGAGGAUCACAACCAGUUUCUACACAACUACCCCUCAGUGUCAGCACUCAGUGGGUCUCCACACUCAUCCGGCAUCAAGAUCCGUCCUCUCAGAUACUUUGAGGAUGUGACAACAGCUGUGUCAGAGCUCAGAGACAAGCUACAGGACAUCCUGGGGGACAGCUGGACAAACGUCUCACUGAAGAUCACUGAUGUGGACGUUCUACUGUCAGAACCAACGAGCAGAGCUGGAUUCUUACGAUAUUUAUGCAAAAUCACACUGGAUCCAAACUCAGCAAACAGACGACUGUUAAUGUCAAAAGAGAACAGAAAAGUAACAGAUCUGGAGAAACAUCAUCCAUAUCCUGAUCAUCCAGACAGAUUCACAGAUUUUUCUCAGGUUCUGAGUAGAGAGAGUCUGACUGGACGUUGUUACUGGGAGGUGGAGUGGAGCGGUGUUGGAGCUUAUGUAGGAGUCUCCUACAAGAAUGUCAGCAGAUCAGGACGUGAAUGUGGAAUUGGAUGGAAUGAAAAAUCUUGGGCUUUAGAUUGUGGUCCAGACAGAUACGCAUUUUAUCACAAUGACGUCUCCACCUCCAUCUCAGGUCCUGAUUCUUCCAGAGUAGGAGUGUAUCUGGACCACAGAGCAGGUCUUCUGUCCUUCUACAGCGUCUCUGACACCAUGACUCUCCUCCACAGAGUCCAGACCACAUUCACUCAGCCGCUGCACGCUGGAAUUCAUUUGUAUGUGCAAAGCUAUGCUGAGAUUUGUAAACUGGAAUAAUCCAAUCUGCAUAAAUCCAGAUGUUUUGAUUCUCUUUUUUCAAGUUGUUUUAUUUCUAAGCUGCUCUGAGAUCAGCCAUUAAACAGUGAUCGUCACGUCUUAUAUUUUAGGUUGUUUUGCUUCUUCUGUUCAGUUUUUCUCUGUUUUUACCAAUCUUUGUGAGUUCACAUGGAGAUUCAUUUAUAACAAAUCAGUAAAACCAUCUGAUCAAGUGUGAAAAAGUUUAUCUGAGUAAUGAUUCUGGUGAAAUAACAGAUAUUGUAUAAUUUUCUCUCCUGCUUUUGAUGAGAAAAAAGGGGAAUGAAUGAAUGAAUGAAUGAACGAACGAACAAGAGAAAAAUUUUCUCACUAGUUCGUUUCCUGACCUCAUGAGGAUGUUUUUAUGGAUGUAACUGAUUUCAGGUCACCAGAGUCAAACAUCCAGAUUCUCUCCAGUCAAGCUGCUGAUCUUCUGUUCCACAUUUGAUUUGUUCAGUAAAACUAAUAAACUUCAUGUUCUGAUGAACACA